CACGACCCUCCCUCCCUCAGACGUAGGUCACUAGCUAAGGUCUGCAAGAAGCUAGAAGCUCAGCUUCAGCGAUGGCGUCCAGAGCAGCAGCGGCCAUCGCCGUCCUGGCCUUGGUCUGCGCCGCCGUCCACUCGUCGGAGGGCCAGCUCUCACCCAACUUCCACGCCGCGACGUGCCCGGACCUGGAGCACAUCGUGGAGUUCCACGUCGCCGAGACGUUCCGCCGCGACGUGGGCGUGGCGCCGGCGCUCAUCCGCAUCCUCUUCCACGACUGCUUCCCGCAGGGCUGCGACGCGUCCGUGCUGCUCAAGGGCGCCGGCAGCGAGCUCAAUGAGGUCCCCAACCAGACCCUCCGCCCCGUGGCGCUGGACCUCAUCGAGCGCAUCCGCGCCGCCGUGCACAGCGCCUGCGGGCCCACCGUCUCCUGCGCCGACAUCACCGUGCUCGCCACCCGCGACUCCCUCGUCGAGGCCGGCGGGCCGCGCUUCGACGUCUCCCUCGGCCGCCGCGACGCCCUCGCCCCGGCGUCGUCCGCUCUCGUCGGCCUCCUGCCGGCGCCCUUCUUCGACGUGCCGACCCUCAUCUCCUCCUUCAGCAACCGCAGCCUGGACGUGGCCGACCUGGUGUCCCUCUCCGGCGCGCACACCUUCGGCGUCGCCCACUGCCCGGCCUUCGAGGACCGCUUCAAGCCGGUGUUCGACACCAACCCGGCCAUCGACUCCAAGUUCGCCACCUCUCUCCGGAACAAGUGCGCUGGGGACAACCCCGCCGGCACCCUGACCCAGAACCUCGACGUCCGCACCCCGGACGCCUUCGACAACAAGUACUACUUCGACCUGAUCGCGAGGCAGGGCCUGUUCAAGUCGGACCAGGGCCUCAUCGACCACCCCACCACCAAGCGCAUGGCCACCCGCUUCUCGCUCAACCAGGGCGCCUUCUUCGAGCAGUUCGCCCGGUCCAUGACCAAGAUGAGCAACAUGGACCUCCUCACCGGCAACAAGGGCGAGAUCCGGAACAACUGCGCCGCCCCCAACAGGCGUGUCCAGGAUAUCGAGACCGCCACCACCGGCGACGAGGGGAUCGCCGCCGACAUGUGAGACAUGUUCUAUCGAUGUAACGUAGUGUUGAGUGAGUGACCGUUAAGCCGGUGUGUUUUAAACUUUUAAUUAAUUGUGCAAGCAUGUUGUCAUAGUUAAUAAGAUGAGAGGUCAAAUCGUAUGCAUCUUUUUCUCAGCGUGUGUGUGAUCAUCAGUAACUUCGUAAUGUCUGACCAGGCUGUGAUGCAAGCUUGUCUGAAUUUCUUGUAAUUUACCCUCCGCCUUCUAUAAAGUUAAGGCAUGUAAUUUG